UCUCCACAGCUGCAGCUGGAGAAGAGUAAAGGGGAGAUCCUCGGUGUGGUAAUUGUGGAGUCCGGCUGGGGCUCCAUUCUGCCCACAGUUAUCUUAGCCAACAUGAUGAACGGCGGCCCCGCGGCUCGUUCUGGCAAGCUCAGCAUCGGAGACCAGAUCAUGUCCAUCAACAACACCAGCCUAGUGGGGCUGCCACUCGCCACCUGUCAGGGAAUCAUUAAGGGCUUGAAGAACCAGGUUCAGGUGAAAAUGAACAUCGUCAGCUGCCCUCCUGUUACCACCGUCCUCAUUAAGAGACCAGAUCUAAAGUAUCAGCUGGGCUUCAGUGUCCAGAACGGCAUUAUCUGCAGUCUGAUGCGAGGAGGCAUUGCUGAGCGUGGUGGAGUCCGUGUGGGUCACAGGAUCAUCGAGAUCAAUGGGCAGAGUGUGGUGGCCACAGCACAUGAGAAGAUUGUCCAGGCUCUCUCCAACUCUGUCGGCGAGGUUAAACUGAUGCACACAAACUCACACACACAGUUAAAUACAAGUGCACACAUAUGCAAAUAUGUAGCGCAUAUCCGUACUUUGUACUACCACUAUAUACUUCAGGCUGAGACCCGCUAA